AUGUCUCGUCGCUUUUUCCAGCAAGCGUUUCGACAACGAGCACGGCUGCUCCUUCCUACAACUUCAACAGUCGCUCUUGGCGGUUUCCUUUUCGACAAGCCAAAAGAAGAGCUAAAUAUCUACAAAGCGAUCGUUUCGGACGACUACGGCUCCGUCUACAAAUGCAUCAAAACGGGCCAGAAAACGAAUCAGUAUCACAAAUAUGGGUGGACGCCGCUUCACCUCGCUGCAGCUUGGAAUGACGAGAAAACGGUGAAACUGCUGCUUGAAUCGGGAGCGGAUCCAGAUCUUCAAGAGAAAUACGUCAAACCUGUUGCCAAGCAGUUCGGACAGCAUUACACGCAAGCUAUGUUUAGCGCAGAAGACGAGGAGAAAUUGAAAGUUCGAAAGGAGCAAUUUCCAACGCAUCUUUCGGCGAAAAUCGACUAUCGAGGAGCCACCGCUUUAUUCUACGCUGUUUUGAACGACAACUACGAAAUGGCGAAAUUGUUGAUCGACGCUGGAGCUGAUCCACUGGUGAAACUGCAUCAAGGCGUUUCACCAAUCGAAGUUGUGGAUUUAAACUCGAAAAAUGGCCUGUUAAUCAAGGGUCUGCUGAUCAAAGCGAUCAAAAACCGCGACGCAGUUCUGAAAGAAAAGCGAAAGAAAUACCCCCUGGAAUCGCGUCUUUCAGAAAAUAUAAUCGGCCAGAAAGCGGCGAUCAAGCAAGUGGCGGCUGCGAUCCGAAGGAAAGAAAAUGGCUGGGUCGAUUCUGACCAUCCUGUUGUGAUGAUCUUUUUGGGCAGCUCGGGAAUCGGGAAAACAGAGUUGGCCAAGCAGGUGGCCAAGUACAUCCACGGAAACAUGAAAGAGGGCUUCGUCCGGAUCGACAUGAGCGAGUACAGUUCGCAGCACGAAGUGGCGCGGCUGAUCGGGGCGCCGCCGGGCUACGUCGGCCACGACAAAGGAGGCCAGCUGACCGAGGCUCUCACCAAAUGUCCCAACGCGGUCGUGCUCUUCGACGAGAUCGAGAAAGCGCACCCAGAUUCAUUGCCGAUUUUACUGCAGCUCUUCGACGAAGGAAGAAUGACGGAUGGACAGGGCAAGACUGUCGAAUGCAAAGAUGCGAUUUUCAUCAUGACUUCGAAUCUGGCGUCUGGACAAAUUGCAGAAUACGGCGUCGCUUUGAGAUCGAAAGGGGACGAAAAAACGACGGUGGACAAAGAGUUCCGCCAAAACGUAGUCAAGCCGAUUUUGAAAUUUCACUUCAAACGAGACGAGUUUCUCGGGAGAAUCAACGAAUUCGUCUAUUUCCUCCCUUUUUCGGACUCUGAGCUGAGAGAACUUGUUGAAUUCGAAUUGGGUUUGUGGAAACGAAUCGCGAAAGAUAAACACGACAUCGAGCUCUCCUGGGAAGAGUCUGUCAUCAGCGUUUUGGCGGACGGAUACGAGGUUUCUUACGGCGCCCGCUCGGUCAAACAUGAAAGCGAGCGAAAGGUCGUCUCUGCCCUCGCUGAAGCUUACGAGACUGGAAAACUGUCGAAAAACAUGAAGGUGGUUCUUUCCUGCGAGCUUCCCAAAAACGUGGAAGACUAUCAACACGUCCAGAUAAAAUUGAAAAACAAAGAUUCCGGAGCUUUCCUUUAA